AAAUAUCAGAAUUGUAGUGGAGAAAUGUCAGAAUUGAUGGUAGAGGAAUGUCAGAAUUGUAGUGGAGAAAUAUCAGAAUUGAUGUGGAGAAAUGUUGGAAUUAAUGGUAAAGGAAUGUCGGAAUUGAUAGUAGAGGAAUGUCGAAAUUGUAGUGGAGAAAUGUUGGAAUUGAUG